UCCAUUACCUCGCAGUCCAAAACCUUGCUACGAUGCCAUCCAAAACCUCCCACCUCAAUUAAGAUCAAAACUCACCAAUUCAAAUACUCCACAACCCAAAAUCUCACGACUUAAAAGCCCAUCCAAUUAAAAUAAGGACAGUCGUCAAGAUUAAAAGCUCCAAUAAUCUCAAAUUCAGCAACCUCAUUCAAUUGAUUGAAGAAGAAGAAGAAGAAGAAGAAGAAGAAGAAUAUAUGUUAUUGAUUAAUGUCUUAAUUUAAUAAACUCCUCAAAUUACUUCUAAGGUACCAUAUUUAUAAUCUGAGAAUAUUUAUCAGUUAAAUCUUUUUUUUAUUUCCCUUUUUACAACAACCAUGCAACACUGAGAUCUCCACCAUUUAAAGAUUAAAUAUUUCCUGUGUUAUGCUUGUACUGUAAGAACUUUUCUGCCGUAGGAGUAGCUGCCGCUGUUCAACUUGAGACACCAACUCCAGAGGACCUUUCAUGGAGAAAAAUGUGUAAUGCGUCAGUGACAUAUUUGCAUGCUGUUUUACAGUUAUGUGCAAGAAACAGAGCAGCCAUCCAAGGGAAAGCAUGCCAUGCGCAUGCAAUCCGUUUUGGCUUGCAAGAAGACACUACAACAUCCAAUAUCCUCAUUAAUAUGUAUUGUAAAUCUGGUCUUUUGUCCUCCGCUCGCAAAGUGUUUGAUGAAAUGCCAGCACGAAGCUUGGUUUCCUGGAAUACCCUCAUUGGUUCAUAUGCCCAGAACGGGAAGGCUCAAGAAGCGUUAAGUCUUUUCAAGUCUAUGCAAAGGGAAGGAAACUCAUUUAGUGAAUUCACCAUUUCAAGCGUUCUUUGCGCCUCCGUUGCAAAAUGUGCUGUUUUUGUGUGCAAACAGCUGCAUGGUUUUGCUAUAAAGGCUGCCAUUGAUUCAAACCUGUUUGUGGGAACUGCAUUGGUUGAUGUUUAUGCAAAAUCUGGUUUGGUAAAGGAUGCUAGCUGGGUUUUCGAGAAAAUGCAAGAGAGGAGCGUUGUUACAUGGAGUUGUAUGGUGGUUGGGUAUGUUCAAAAUGAUCUUUUUGAGGAGGCUUUAUUGUUGUUUCAUAGAGCUCAAAUAAUGGAGCUGGAGCAUGAUCAGUUUAUGUUAUCUUCCAUUACGUGUGCUUGUGCGGGUCUAGCUGCUUUGAUUGAAGGAACACAGGUACAUGCUAUUAUAUCUAAAACUGGAUUUGAUUCAAACAUAUUUGUGGCUUCCUCUCUUAUAGACAUGUAUGCUAAAUGUGGCAGCGUCAAAGAGGCUUACACUGUGUUUACUGGAAUAGAGGAGAAAAAUGUUGUCUCUUGGAACACAAUGAUUUCUGCCUUCGCUAAACAUGCUCACGCCUUGGAGGCAAUGAUUUCAUUUGAGAAAAUGCAGCUGAUAGGUCUCCACCCUAAUGAAGUGACAUAUAUUUCUGUGUUAUCAGCUUGUAGUCAUAUGGGCUUUGUUGAUGAAGCAAAGAGCUACUUUGACCUCAUGAUAAGAGAGCACAAUUUGUCACCUAAUGUCAUUCACUAUUCAUGUAUGGUUGAUACUCUUGGUCGAGCAGGAAAGAUUUCUGAAGCUUACAAUUUGAUACAGAGAAUGCCUUUUGGUGCCACUGCUUCUAUGUGGGGUUCACUUUUGUCCUGCUGUAGGCUCCAUGGGAAUCUUGAAUUAGCUGAGGUUGCUGCUAAGCAUUUAUUUGAGUUGGAACCUGAUAAUGCUGGAAACCAUAUUUUGCUCUCAAAUAUAUAUGCUGCUAAUAAAAAGUGGGAGGAAGUUGCAGGAGCAAGGAAACUUCUCAAAGAAAGUGUGGUGAGAAAAGAAAGGGGUAAGAGUUGGAUUGCAAUCAAGGACAAGGUCCACAUGUUUAUGGUUGGAGAGAUAAAUCACCCAAGAAUUGUUGAAAUUUAUUCCAAAUUAGAUAAUUUGGUGGAAGAGAUGAUGAUCCUUGGUUAUAAAGUUGAGAUUGAACAUGAACUUCACGAUGUGGACGAGAGUAGAAAGCAAGAACUGCUGAAGCACCACAGUGAGAAACUGGCACUUAGUUUUGGGUUGCUUUGCCUACCUCCUAGUGCCCCGAUACGAAUAAUGAAGAAUCUCAGGAUUUGUGGGGAUUGUCAUUCUUUUAUGAAGCAUGCAUCUUGCAUUACACAGAGGGAAAUCCUUGUUAGGGAUAUAAACAGGUUUCACCAUUUUAGAAAUGGUUGUUGCUCUUGUGGUGAUUUCUGGUGAUCUGUUAGUUUGCUGAGUGUCAGAGUCAUUUUUGGUCUAUAACAAGUUCACUGGCUUAGACACUCCAUCUGCUGCUUUGUGGUAGGUCUGUUUGUUUGUAAGCAAAAGGUUUUUGAGACCAUGUCCAGGCUUUAAUUAGAUAUUCAGAAUUUUGAUGAAAUGCCAGAUUUUCUCCUGAUGUCAACGUAUAUUACAUGGAACCUUAUCCUUGCAGAGUAAUAGGACUUAAGAUGGCUUGAGUGAUCUUAGAUAUCUACACCAUAAUAUAAUCUGAAGGUUGUUACAAACUUUUGCUCAUUAUGCGGAAUGCAAGUUGUAGAGGAAUUCCAACGAUAUUUUCUCCUGCAGAUUUUGAUAUUUCUACGACACAAUUUGUGGGAGCAACCUCAAUGACCUGGCAUUGAAACAUAAAGUGGUUAUGUUCCUAUAAGCAGAUGAAUACCUUCUUGUAUAAAGCCACAAGAUUGCGAUCAUCAAAUGGUAAAUAGCCAGCAAGUAGUUCAAAAAGUAUUACACCACAAG